GGAAAAGGGUUAGCCAUGUCGUCUUUGGUCAGAAGGGUGAUCAGCACCGCGAAAGCCCCCGCGGCCAUCGGUCCCUACAGUCAGGCUGUGUUAGUCGACAGGACCAUUUACAUUUCAGGACAGCUAGGCAUGGACCCUGCAAGUGGACAGCUUGUGCCAGGAGGGGUGGCAGAAGAGGCUAAACAAGCUCUUACAAACAUAGGUGAGAUUCUGAAAGCAGCAGGCUGUGACUUCACAAAUGUGGUAAAAGCAACUGUUUUGCUGGCUGACAUAAAUGACUUCAGUACUGUCAAUGAUGUCUACAAACAAUAUUUCCAGAAGAGUUUUCCUGCACGAGCUGCUUACCAGGUUGCCGCUUUGCCCAAAGGAGGCCGUGUUGAGAUCGAAGCAAUAGCUGUGCAAGGACCUCUCACGACAGCGUCACUCUAAGUGGGCCAAGUGUUAUUUAGUUUGGAAAUUUAAUAGUAUUUUUAAACUAAUGGCUUAAUCUUUGUUGGAAAGGGUAAGGUUGAAGUAUCUGGAGAUAUUAUAGAAAUACCAUAUAAUAAGGGGAACUGAACAUGAGUUGAAGAUUAAUGAUGAAUCUAGUUACUAAUGUUAUAAAUUUCACUUCUAUAACACUUGUAUUGCUGGAUGUGGGAAAACAGACAUGCCUUACUUAGUUAACUCAGAAGAAUAAAAGAAGAAGGAAAUAACAUGUAGGAAAGAUGAGCUACUAUUCCUGAGAAAUAAGAAAGAGCACACCUAAUUCAACUAAACCCUAUUAAUUCAAUGAUGUGAAGUAUUUUAUUAUGUCAGAUACGUGAUUUUUACUGGAAUAAAAUUAAAGCAUUUAAAUUUCAAUGGCAGAGAUAAAGGAGAAGAAACUGGACCAAAUUUUAUAUAUUUUUCUAGUGGAAAUAAAAUAGCAUGCAGAUUUUCCUUGGUGUUAUUCCAUUCACUGAUUUUUUUAACAGUUUAAUUUAGAUAUUAAAUUACAUUACCUAAAUAAAGGUGAAGAAACUAUGAA